UGAUCAGCCCCUCCACGAUUGAUCCUCAAGUGCAUGUGGAGCCACAGGCCCCCAAGGCCAACACCGCAGGCGCGUGGGUCUCCAACAGCACCGGGAGUGCCUUGGCGGCUGCUGGCCUUGUGACUGCUGCCGGGCUUCGACGCAAGGCCCGUGGGGCUCGUGCCGCGAAGACGGGCCCUGUUGCCACCGGUUUGUCCAGCUCCGUGGCCGGUGAGACCUACUUCCGAGAUCAGCUGAUCGCCUGCCGCGCUCAGCUUGAUGGAGUGGAGGCCCCAAGCCUCGAGGAGACCGACCAGCACGUCCAAGAUGUGCAGAACUUCGCGAAGCAGGCAAUGGCUGGAGCCGCUGCCGCCAUGGUCUUCACUUCGUCCAUGGAGUCUGCCGUGGCAUACCCCAUCUUCGCACAGCAGAAUUACGCCAACCCGCGGGAGUACACAGGCAAGAUCGUGUGCGCCAAUUGCCACCUGGCGUCCAAGCCGAUCGAGGCUGUGUUGCCGGACACGGUCUUCAAGACUGAGGUGGAGAUCCCAGCUAAGUACGCCAAGCGCCGCCAGCCCAUCGCAGAUGGCUCCAAGGCGGCCAUGAACAUCGGGGCCAUUGCCGUGAUGCCGGAGGGCUGGAAGCUGGCUCCCAAGGAUC